GUCGUCCCCAGUAUAAUUUCUUCAUCCACUCCUCCAUUCUUGCCCCAACCUCGCCCGUCACCAGGAUCCCACAAUCAUUCUUUACUUACUCAAGUUUUACGGCUCUUUAUUCUCGUCGCGUUCCUCCAUUCGCCUGCUCUUCCCGUCCACUUUUUCUCCUGCUCUUCCCGUCCACUUUUUCUCCUGCUCUCUCUCUCUCGCUCUCCCUCGCUCGUCGCCAUGGCGCCAACAGCGGGAGCUGGGACUGCCAAGAUGCUGAGCAAGCUAGAGGCGAGUGUGAAGGCAGGGAACUUCUACGAAGCACAGCAGCUCUACAAGAGCGUCAGCGCCAGGUACCUGAGUCGGGGGGGCGCACGGGCAGAGGACGCAGUGGAGCUGCUGCAGAGCGGUGCGUGCGUGCAGCUGCAGCAGCGGCAGGUGACAUGCGGCACGGAGCUUGCUCUGCUGCUCGUUGACGCGCUCUCCUCCACGCAUGCACCGCACUCGCAAGCCACUGUUGACCGACUGCUCGCCAUCAACGAUGCCUUCAAGCCUCUGCUCUCACACCAACCCGCCUCGCCCCCUGCUGCUGCUGCCAAUGCUGCUGCUGCUGCUGCGGCUGGUGUUGAGUCUGCGAGUGAGAGCCGGGAGCAAUCAGCAGCAGCAUCAGAGGCAGCAGCGUCGUCUGAGGUGUCUUCCGCGUUUGACGGCUGCUUGUCCUUCCUCAAAGCUGCCAUUCGCUGGUCCCUGCGGUCGGAGGGGGCGCCAAGGCACGGUGCACCAGAGCUGCAUGACGCGCUGGCUGUGCUGCUGUGGACGCAUGGCGCCACUCAGGACUUAGAGGUAGCGAGCCGGCACUUUGUGCUGGGGCGAGACACCAAGGCAUUCUGCUCCGUGCUGUGCCAAGUCAUGGAGCAGGCCUUCCCAGACGAGGUCGACCUGGUGCUCGCCAGAGCAGUGCUGCAGUACCUAGCGGUGGGCAACAUGAGGGGGGCCAACGGGCUGAUGGACGACAUCACAGGGGGAGGAGCACAGAGCAGUGCACCGCCUCUGCCCGACUCCCCUCUCAUGCACUUCCUCCGCUUCCUCCUACUCACGUUGGAGCGUGACGCGCUGCCUCUGUUCCUGCUGCUGCGCAAGGUGUAUGCCCCCAGCAUCCGCCGUGACCCCCAAUUCCACUCUUAUCUGGACGAGAUAGCUCAUCGCUACUACAAGGUGGCGCGGCCCUCAGGGGGAGGGGACUUUAUGGGCGGCCUGCUGCAGAUGCUCAUGGGUUGAUCGUGCUGCACACAAGGACAGCACGGAUUGGCAGCACAUACCAACAGCACGAACGCCACAAACUUACAGCACACAACACGAUGCAGUCAGCACAGCAUAAGACGCAUACACAGCACGCAGCUGGUUUUCCACUCCACAGGAAAAUGACGUUUACAAAAGCAUAAAGCUGACGCUAGCAAAUGGGUAUGCCAUAAUGCUUGUUGCGACCGAUAGGGUUGCUUGUAUUGUGACACGACUUUCAGAGUGUGCAGUGCGGUUGUCAUAGCAUUUCAUAUCUCGAUGAUACAGCACACUCAUAGUUGAAGUACAUGGAUGUUC